AUGGGCCCUCCGCUUUGGGUGAGUGCGGACGCCGGGAAGGUCCUUCAGACACUUGGCCAAUGCUGUGCGGAAGCUAGCAGGCGUGAGCUGGUUGCUAAAACCGGUGAGACUGAAGAUGCUGAUGAGGCAUGGAAGCAGGCCUCACUUACAUUGUGGUCGUUGGCACUCAGUGACUAUAACACAACAAUCGAACCAAAAGAGGGUACAAUCCUGCCGGUCAUGACGUUGUCGCUUGAGUCGCGAUUGCAGAAAACCGCCGGCAGCACAAGCAGUAAUUGGGGAAGUGGCGGAGAGGAAGGUGCCAAGGCAACUUUGGACAAAGCACGCGAGUCCAAAGACUCUUCCAAAGAAGCUCAAGCACUUCUGAAUCUAGCGGCCUUGCAGGCUUCCGCUUGGGCCGCUUCUGGAGCAAAGUCUGCUUUGCGUCCUAUUGGUGACUUGCUACAGAAUUCCCUUGCAAUAUUCGAGAAGGAUAAGGACCACAGCGGCGAAGCUGUCGCCUGCAACAUGCUCGCGAACUUCUACAUCCUGCUGGGUCAAGCGAAAGAUGCUGUGAGGAUGGUUAAGCAGGGGCUCACCGCCACUCGCGCUUUGAGCAGCCGGCUGCAUGAAGUUCCCCUCCUCCAGACCCUGAUGGCAGCGAGCUUCUUGCGCAACGACGCGGACGAAGCGCUGCGCGCCAGCUGCGAGAUCGCCACAAUCUGCAGAGCUUCGAAGGCUUCGGCUGUGGCAUGUGCACUGGCGGAUGCUUGCACUGCGCAGGCACAUCUUGCCAAUGACGAACAAGGGCAAGCCCAACGACUUGCUGAGGCUGCACUCAAGGCAUGCAAGGAUGCCAAAGACGUCGAUGGCGAGAUUCUUGUGCUGGGUGCCUUGCAGGAGAUCGCCUUUGCUAUUGGCAAGCCUGUAUCCGCACUGAAAGCUGCACAAGACUUGCUUGAGAAGGAGCGUAAACGUGGGAUCAAGGAAGCAAUUGCCAGAGCACAUCUCCUGGUCUCCGUAUCAGAUGCAACUGCAGCGUCAUCCAGCGAUCUGGCCAAGCAGGCCAAAGAACAGUACGCAUCGCUGAAGGGCUCUUUGGUUGGUGAGAGCCUGGCGCUGGUGUCUUUGGCCAGGGCCCUUUUCGCUCUCGGAAAGACCAAAGAGGCUGAAAGCGCUGCCAAGGAGGCAAUGGCCUCCUUUGCUUCGGAAGUCGGGCAAGGGUUUGCCAGCUGCCUCUUGGCCCUCGCACAGCUCCGCCUGGAGGAUGCUGUGGCAGCAGAGCGCCUGGCCCGAGAAGCCUUGGGACUCUUCCAGGAUGGACGCCACCGGGUCGGACAGGCAUUGGCAGAGCUGCUCGUCAGGAGCCCCGCUUUCAGCAGUAUUUGUCCUUGUGCUGACAGAUCGGCACAAUUCUCUUCUCCCAGACGGUUCUCGCAAACCCAUUGA